CUUGUUGUCACAAUUCUACUACCUGUAACUUUUCACAGGUAAGCUUUAUUUUGCCAGUUUUCAAUUGUAUUUUUGUCAACUGAGGAAGUACAAUGACGUCGUGCUAAGAAAUUUAUGCUUACUUGGAAUCGCUUCGAGUUUGGUUAUAACAUAAUGAUCGGUGCCACACAAUGGAAGUUUUACGUCCUAAACCGAGGUUUCGCUGAGUGAAAAACGAUGGAAAGAAUUGGAGAAAGUGAGAAUUUUGCAAGAUCUCCAUUCUGCCGUGUGGCAUUGUCGUCACAGAUGUGUCUUUAUGUCUUUUAUCAGGAAGUGUCAUCUUUCCAUUUUUCUUAAUUUCCUUUGGUUCCAGUAAAACAUGAUUAGAAGUACAACGUAAAAGAUUACGGGUGAUAUCAAAAUUGCGUCGGUUGCAUUUAAUUGUUUGAUCGCGUAAAAUGUUGUUUCGGGCUGUAGCGAAGUGUGCGUGCAGUUGAAACCGAAGCAUAGACUGAAUAGACUUUUGAUGUCUGAAAACUAAGUCAUCUUUAGAUUGCCCCCCCCCCCCUAAAAAAACAAACAAACAAACAAGCAAACGUAAGCAACAAACGCCUGAAGAAACUUCUAGACUUAUAAUGGAAAAAAUUGUCUCCUUUCGCGCCUGCACCGGUGUAUUUAAACCGGACAAGUGUGCCAGUGUUCACAGAGUUAUUUUCAGUUUUACUUAUUAGCUUAAAUAAGAAUAUCUACGCUUGUAAUGGAAGACGUUUGUUAAAAAAAUUAAAUUGACCAACACCUGAGAGGGUUUACAAACACUUUUUUGGUUGCUAUCGUGCUUACAGAGAUUAAAUCUACACUUAAUUCGUCACAAGAAUCGCAAGAUGAGACUGGAGUUAAUUGUGGCCUACAGAAUGUUACCUGCGGUCUUCCAGAAAAUGAUAUGCAUAUCAAAAGCUGAUAAAAGUUGAAUACAAAGCGAGAAAACGGCUAUUUUGCGAUCGGCCAUUUUGGCUACCUUUAAGGUGAAAAUAGUUUUUCUCGAUUUUCUCGAAUUUAAAGCGUUUCGAGCUUAAAAAAAAAUAUAUCACAUUUCGUAUCUACCUAGGGGCUAUUUGUGGAUGAAAAAACAAAAAUCGAUUUUUUCGACUUCCGCCACCUUAUGUUUGACAAUUAGAAAAAUUCACUCUUAACCACUGAAUUUAAGAUAUGUGCUAUAAAUAUCACCGUAGAACUCUUGCUUUGCUAUUCAGUCGAUUAAAUGGAACAGCGGCCACAGAUGGAUACGAAUUACUCCUUAGACAGCCUCAUAACGUAUGAUGAAAGCAAACAUUGAGAUACAGCCAGUGAGUCACAACCUGUAAAAACAAAAUAUGAAAAGCGGCUGGACUAAGACCCGAAGGCAGCUGUGUUGUCUUCGAACGCGUCUUUUCUUAAUUAAAAAUAAGGAGACAGGUUGUCAAAACAGAAGCCAUAUUAACGUUGCUUAUUUAGGAACAAAGUAAACAGAUUGAUAUAAAGAAAUGUUAAUAACAUAAAAUAGGCCAAUAAGAAUUUGGAAAGUGGUUACCUAAUUUUGAGAUCACUUUUUUAAGCAAGCAUAUUUUGAGAUCUCGACACAUAAAGGACCUGGCGUUCUUCUGGCAGUGGCAUAAGGUAAGAUAACGAUCAAUUCGUAAAAUAGUACCUGGUUGCAAUUGUCAGUUUGGACAACAUUGUAUUUUCUACUUAUUAACUUAGCUCAUUGGUGGAUAGCAGAUUACAGCAAAUUGAGAUCCUGUUCAGACUAGUGUCAGUUGAUUUGAUUGACAAGAAAUGAAAUGUGAGAAGUGAAAUGUGAAGAGUGCCAAUAUAAAUAAUGCAAAAAAAAAGAGCUGGGUAGCUGUUCGUUUUAAGAAGGAUAAUCUUUGGUAUCGACCCCUUUCAAUUCCUGCUUCUGAGCAAAGACAUUAUGAAUCCUAAGUUCUGGCUCUCAGUUGCGUUCUUGAUGUCCCGGAUUGGUGUAUUUCAAGCUGCUGCCCAAUGUCAACCAGCAGCGGAAUACUCUAUUAGAGGAAUGUUCCUCAGAGGCCACACCUUUAAAACGUUCAAGAUCGAAUGGCAUGAAAGCUGCUAUUUCAGGUGUGCCGAAGAAGUCACGUGUCAAAGCUACAAUUACGUCAUUGAUCAAAACCUCUGCGAAUUGAACAAUCGAACCAAGGAAGCAAGACCUGGAGAUUUCAUAGCGGAUCAAACAAGGUUCUACAUGAAACGAGCAAAAAACAGAGUCCCUCUUGGCUCCAUUCAAGAGCUUCCUGCUGAAUCGUGCAGUGAGAUCAAGGCGAGUGAAGGAAAUGAGAUGACUAACGGGGAUUACUGGAUAUACUCUGAUGGGAAUGCUCAGACAAUCCUGGCUCGCUGUGAAGAGAACUGGCAGAAGAUAAACACAGAUCCUGUUUGCUUUGGAGCACGAGAUAACCAGUAUGGCGCCUUUAACAUCACAAAGAAUGGACUUCUCAAGACAAUGAAGCUCGUCCACAAGUCGGGUUCGAUCAAAUGCAACAAAAAUGAGCCGGCAUCCUACUGGGGCUGCGCAUAUGAACCAUCGUAUGGCAAAAACGGCUUACUGACUAUCAUUACCAAUGCACAGCAAGAAGUCAUCCUGCCAUCUGCUAAAGAAUUGCAACACAAUUCUUGCACCAAAAACCACUAUUACCGCCUUGAUGGAACUACCCACACAUCUCCAGAGCUCGUUUUCCGCGAUCUUCCCAAUAAUGUGUCGGUGUCACGCAAUCAGGAGUUGCAGAUAUGGUACGGACAGGAUUGGAUCGAUUGUGCUGACGUUGACAACAAUGGUACAACAUGUGUUGAUGUGUAUGCGUGGUAUGAUUAAAAUCACAUGAGCCUCUGAUUUAUCGGGAACAAAUA